AUGAAUUCAUUCUUAUCCACGAGUCGAGAUCGUUCCACUGCUCUCCAUUUUGCUCGACAAACUCCAAUUAUCAGUGAUCUCGAACGCAUCAUUUUUGAAAUUGAAAUCGAUCCGCGUUUACAAACCAAAGCGUUUGCGGAUAUUACUCAGAGCAGUUAUUUUCAAAACGAAGACGAAAUAUUGAUCAUUCUUGGCGCGUUAUUUCGCAUUGAGAAGGUCACUGAAGAUAAGAAAGAUCGAUUGUGGGUGGCUCGAUUGUCUUUGGCUAGUGAAGAUGAUUUUCAUUUGAAAGAGACAUUUGCUUACAUGAAGGACACAAUUGGAGAUGAUACCGAUCUGGAUUCACUAGGAAAAAUUUUGUAUGAGAUGGGCGAAUAUGAGCAAUCUGAGAAAUGCUAUGAACGCAUGAUGCAUGAUUUACAAGUGAAAACGGGCGAUUGUCAUGUGGGACUUGGGAAAGCUCAGCACGAGCGGAAUCAAGAGAAUUCUGCUCUAGUACACUACAAACAAGCAUUGAACAUACGUGAAGCAAGAUUGAGUUCAACUCAUAAAAGCUUUGGGGAAGUGUAUAAUUAUAUUGCGCGUUUACAAUGGCAACGCUUAGAUGAUUAUGAUGGGGCAUUGAUCAGUUCACAGAAGGCCGUCACGAUUUUGGAAAAAGCAAGCCCAUAUGAUUUCAUGCAGCUUUCGAGAGCUUACAAUAAUAUGGCAGCUACAUAUGACUGUAUGGGUAAAAAUUCAUUAGCAUUGGAAUAUUACAAUAAAUGUCUUACGAUCCAACAGAGUAAAUUACCGGCAAAUCAUCAUCAGAUAGCUACGACAUAUAAUAAUCUGGGAUGCUUGCACAGAGAUACUUCAAAUUAUGAAGAAGCACUGAAGUUUUAUCAGAAAUCAUUGUCUAUUUAUCGAAAAAUUCUACCGCCUACUCAUGCAAAUCUUCUUCGAACUGAGAAUAAUAUUCGUGACCUAGAAAAGGCCAUGAAAAAAUAA